CCAAAGGGUGAAGAACCGACCAUUCUUGUUUAGUUUUGGAGUCUUUACACAUCUACAGCUUCUCAGGGAAAAGUAGUACCUAGAGAUAAUUUGUGUAAACAUUAUUUUCGAACCAGGAAGUGAUAUUUUGAUCGAAAAGGAAGUUGUUAUACUGCGUCAAGUUUUUCUAACUUUCAAAGUUUGGAGUCAUGAAGUAACAGUUUCAAACUCAGAGAAAAUUUGAAGAAAAAUCAGUAAACUUGGACAAGAUGAGUAGACCACCAAGAAAAUUGCUCCCUCUACCAGACUCGGAUGCACCAAAGUCAGGAAGGCCUCCCCCGCCGGUACCAUCAGACGAUAGUGGUCCUCCACCACCUGUCCCAGGGAGGCGUGCACCACCCCCAAUUCCACCCCAAGAGGCAGAAAAGCUAAGGGAUGAUUCCCCAUCACCACCUUCCACUCCACGGUCAUCCAGGCCGCCACCGCGAGGACACAACUCUUCUCCCCGCCCACCACCCCCAUCACGAAAUUUACCACCGGUUCCUGGGAGGAGAGAGCCUCAACAAAUUCCUACAAAGCCUGAUGACCAGGAAGUUUAUGACGAUGGAGAGGCAGGGGAAAUAUAUGAAGAGGAUGUAGAGAUUGGUCCAGAGGAAGUUUAUGAUGAUGGCGAAAUCGGUCAGGAAGUAUAUAAUGUCCCUGAAGAAGAAACUCCACCCCCUAUUCCUGCUACCCCACGGAGGGAACUUCCACCCCCGCCCCCUCAGACAGGAAGACCACCCCCACCUAUCCCGUCAGAACCUCAGGAUGUAUAUGAAGUGGAGCCAGAACCCGAUCCUGUACGCCCUCAGACACCCCCUGAUGAAUCAGGGGAGAGUAUUUAUGAGAUGGAACCAGAAGUUUCUGACCAACCCUCCAAAGGGCCUCCUGAGCUUCCUGGAAGACCCCCAGUACCUGCCCCUCCUCAACAGGAAACCUACGAAAUGGAAGAUGAAGGGGAGCAAGAAAAUUAUGACGAAUUUUCCUUGGCCGAUGAAAUGCCACAGGACACAUAUGAUGAAUUUGAGGCAGGUCCCCCUGGGGAGGUGUAUGAGGAUGUGGAUGAUGAGAAUCAACCCCCCAGAAUUCCAGGAAGACCUAUACCCCCACCCCCUCCAUCAGUACCUUCUCCCUCUAAACCAACACCUCCACCUCCAAAAAAUAAAGCUACUCCUGCUCCCAGACCAACACCUAAACUCCCUCUAGGAGGGGGACCAAUGGGUUUUGAUAUCAGUGCCAUUAAAGGAGUCCAACUCAAAAAAGUCGGAUUGCCAACAGAAGACAAACAGAAAGCCAAGGAAUCAGACAAAAUUUAUGAUGAAGAUGGAGGCGUCAAAUCGGCAUUUGAAAAAUUCAAACAGAAAGGAUCAGGUGUAGAGCAAAUAGACUUUAGAAAUGUUUUAUCUAAGGCUAAAACCAAUACGCCCCCAAAUGACACCGGAAAUAAGCCAUCCAUACAGAAAACACUUCCGUCAACUCCAUUGAAACCCCCAGUAAACAAAUGGGGAUUAAAAAGCACCCAAGGUGAACAAAGUUCACUAGAACAAUCUAAUGUAACCAAAAAAUUUCUCCCUCCUGUGCCUCACAAACCAUUGGAAGAAGAACAACAAACAGUAUCACCUCAAAAAUCACCCAUACCUUUUAAACCGAAGCACAACGAACAUCAUCCUUUACCAGAAGUUCCAACACCAACUGUAAGAUUGUCACCUCUUCCCGAUUCAUCUCAGAAAAAGGAGGUACCAGUACCUCCAAGGCAAACUGCUCCAAGCCAUGACACACCUCCUAUCCCCGCUGUGAGGCGAUCUCCAUCCCCCUCUAAGGAAUCCCCACCUCCACCCCCGCCCGCCAAAUCAGUGCCCGAUAAACCACCUGUGCCUUACAGUCAAGUAAAACCCACCGUGAAUGUCGCCAAUGGCACCAAGAUGGGUAUUGAGGAGGACCACAACUCAUCAGAGAAUGAAGAUGAUGAUAUUUACGACGACGCUAUUUCAAAUCGAGAUCCCUUGUUAGGCGAACCUUGGUAUUUCAAAACAUUGAAGGAUAGAAAAACCGGCGAUAAGCUAUUAAAGAAAGUUGGGAAGGAUGGAACGUUUUUAAUACGAGAAAGCACUAAACAAGGGAAUUUCCAGCCUUAUACCAUGAUGGUCUUAUUUCAAAACAAUGUCUAUAAUCUGAAAAUAAGAGUACGAGCUGAUGGCAAAAUGGCUCUGGGAGAGGAAAAACCGGACGAAAUGUCCUUUAUGGAUGUUCAGAAACUGGUCAAAUACCACAGAGAAACGGAAGUUAUACUAGUUGGACACACAGGACAGCACAAGACACUGCUAAAAUAUUCUCCACCCCAAAAUUCCAUCUAAAGAACAACAAAGAACUGCUCAAAAAUUCUCAACCCAAGCAUUCCGUGUAAAGAAAAUAUUGACACCAAUAAUACAGGACUGUAUUAUGAUUGAGUUAUAGAAGGGGAAAACUAAAGUUUUAUUUUUUACAAUUUAUUGUAACAUUCCUGUAAAAAGAGAAAGGCAUGCAAUUUAAUUUUUAAGAUUAUCUUUAUUGUUUGCUUUGUUCCUGAAUGCUUAUCCUAUUGCAUUGAUAUCUUGUUGAAUAACUUUAUGGUCUCCCAAACUGGACCAAUCAAUGUUAUUAAUAGACUUUAUAUCUGGUAUGUAUGAAUUUCAUUCACCAUAAGCUUCGUUUCUGUAGUGUUUUGUAUUAUUGGCAUAAGAAAGUUUUUUUUUACUGCGUUGUGAUAUGCUGGAAGUGGUAAAGUUUUAUAUUUGUUUUCAAGAUUUUUAUAUUCCAUGAUAUGCUAGUGUCAGGAUAAUCCAUGAUACGCCAGUGUCAGGAUAAUCCAUGACAUGCUAGCAUAUACGCUGGUAUGCUAGUGAUACCAUAUACUAUGGUAUGCUUGUGUUAGCAUAUUCCAUGAUAUACUACUGUGAGCAAUUCCAUCGUAUGCUAGUGUUAGCAUAUUCUAUGGUAUGGUAGAAUAUGUAAACGUAAUGCAUUAUUAAGAAUGUGUCUUGCCAGUAUCAACAUAAAUAAACUUGUUAAUGGAUCAUUUUUAAGCAAAGAGAAAAACGAUCCAUAAACUCAGUCAUAAUAAGGCCAUCAUAUUAAAAAUGUUCUGAUGGCUUUAUUAAGAAAUUGGUUAGACUGCAUCUCAUCCGUUGGUGCUUUGUGUGUGUGUGUGUUAGGUUUAAAUGUAGAUGUGUUUUGUAUAUCUGAAGUAUUUGACCUGUAAGCUGGACACAGAAAGUAAGGUAAAUAUUUCUAUUCCUUGGUCAAGAAAGGAACAGAGAGUUAAUUGACCAUGAACUGAAAUCAAUGGUCAGUUAAUAUAAGGUUUACUUUGUCAUAUUUAAGGAUACUUGUAAAAAAGUUUAAGUGAAAUGUGUCUUCUGAGCGAAAGAAAAAAAACUUAAAUAGAAAUACCUACAUUCCAUUUUGUUCAUUUUUUUAAAUACUUGAUUACCUCAUUUGUUAAUAUUCAUGUAAAAAGAGUAUAAUCAGAAAAAUAAAAAUGUAGUUUUUGAUAAUUAAUAAUCAUAUAUUUUUUCUAACUGUUUACUAGUAUCAUGUUAUAAUAAAACUAUACGCAUAGAAGGUGCAUGCUACAUGUUUCAUCUUGUCAAAAAUAUUAGUCUUAUUUUACAACUUAUCAUAAGUUAUUGCAGGAAUUAAAAAAAAACUUCUUAAAAAUCUACAUUAUUCAUUUUAAGGACAUACGCAACGUAGUUUGAACUUCAUUGUCUUUUUCCCUGGAGUUGAAGAUUUCCAAUACUUAAAGGAACUGUGUGCUACAUUUUAAUGUCUAUAUAUGCUGCUGUACACUUCUUCUAAAACAAGUUUGGAUAAACAAAACAUCUAGAAUAUAUGUUUAGUAAUUUUUUGUGUAUUUUUCUUUGAAUCAUACAAGAAUUUUCAUUAAUUGAUAUCUUUUCAAGACCCCUGGUAAUGUAUGCUGAUUUUUUGUCUACGAACAUCUGAUGGCACUAAAAUCUUAAAUUAAGAAUAUCUUGAAAAAUUACCCGUAGGUAAGGUACGUUGCGUAUGUCCUUAAAUAAUGUGUAUUUGUAAUGCCUAACAUUUUAUUUUUCUUUUAGGUGUGUGUGUACGUGUGUUUCAAUUUUGAUCAAACUGAAAUACAAAAAUUAGUAGAGAAAUGAUUUACCAAAGUAGACUUUGAUCCCAUUGGUUUAAAGUGACCAUUUGCUAAAUUGUAUCAUCUUUAAGAAAGUUUACAGUUCAGAAGUGGUAUAUAAUACAAGUAUGGCAAAUACGAAAUUUACAGACAUGCUUUUUAUAUCGUUGUCCUGUUUCUGGAUGACUUUUAAUUUGUUUUUAAUCAGGAAGAAUCUUGAAAUUGCAUACCGGUAUUAGAAUAUCAUUUUAACGUAUGUUUAUCACACAAAACGAGCAACAUAAUAUAAUUAUAUUAAUAUACACUGUAUGUUCAGCAUAUAAACUUGGUGCAGUAUAUCUAUUAUGUAUUACAUAUAUUCGUCAUUCGAAUGAACAUGGUUUUAAAAUAUGUCGGAUUUCACUUUUUUACGAAAAUGAAAUAGUCAUAUGCAAUAUAUUCUAAACACAGAUGUAUCAGCAUAUUUAAAAAUAUAUAUUUAUAUUGGUUGCUCUUUUUAUUAGUAAAAAUAUUUUUUAACAUAAUUUAGUUGAACAUAUGAUUUAUAAGUAGCUCGUUUUUAUGGUAAACAUUUUUCAAACAUAUAUUACUGUUAAUCCUGUGUAGUGUUCGUUGAACUGGCCAAUUCUUCUGUACGUUCAAGAUUUGUCAUGUUGGAAGAAUUGUAUGUGUAUAAAUAUGUACCUCAAACUGUGUAUUAACGACAGCAUAAAAAGCAUAAUUGUGAUAUUUAAAGACACAAAACUAACAUUCCUUGUUAAAUUGUGUACAGAAUACAUAUAUAUUUGUUACUUUAAGCUAGUUUCCUUUUUCAUAUAAUGAAUGUAUUCAUUACUGUUUUUGUUCUAGGCAAUAAAAAAUUAUAUAUAAAAAGAUGUAAUCGAUGAUUUUCACAUUUUACUUGACACUUAAUUUAUCAUUGAUGAGCACUAGAGUUAUAGAAGCAAUUAAGUGUUUUUCUUUAUCAGUACAUAAUUUUUGAUAAUUCUUUGACAUGAAACUGUAGUUUAAAUAAAAAGCUAUAGACAAG